CUCCAUUACGCCCAUCAUGGUUCAAGACACAAACCCGAAUGAGGAUGAAAGCCUCGCGCCGACCGUGCUCGAGGACGACCCGCGGGCUGACUACCGCCUCAAGAACCGUCUCAAGCAGCGCAAGUUCCGGGCGCGCUACCAGGCCGACCGUGCGCAGCUAGAGGCCGAGAUCGACGAGCUAUCGGCUGUGCUCGCGAUUCCGCCGGCGCUCGCGUGGUCGCACGUGGCCGCCGUCUUUGCCGCCGCCACCAAGGACGCGUCGCGAGAGAACUUGCGCCUCCGCGCGAUACACGCGCGUCGCGCCCGGCUCGCGCAAGCCAUCUCGCGCUGGGUGACCGCGUCCGCUAUCUCGGGUGUGCCCCGGACGUCGUCGAUUCCGCGCGUGACGCUGCUGGCAGAUGAGAAUGCGCGCAAGCUGGGCGUCGACUGGAUCACGACGCAGUGGUACCACAACACGGACCGCAUGCUCUCGCAUUAUGGCUUUCCGGGCGCGUCGUCCCGGCCCAUUGUGGACUUUAACGUCCAAGUCCUCCACGACGAUACGUUUAACCUCUACUGGCGCAUCCAGCGGGAGCUGCCACUGUCGCUUGAGGCGGCCGACGCUGCGCUCUCCGGUCGGAUCCGUUCGCUCUUUCGAGGCGAUAGCCUCCCCGACUUUUACUCGCUCGUCGAUCGCGAGCUCCUAGCACAAGUCGACCCAACGCUCUUGUACCGCUGCGGCGCCAAGGAAGACGACGGCGAGACAGACAUGUUUCUCAGCCGCGAGUUUCGAACCCUUGACCGCGUCGUCUUUGUCGGCGGCAGCGUCCAGGACGACGAUCGCAUCGACCACAACCACAUGUGGCACCACCGCACCUUCUGGUACGUUCUUGAUCGGACAUCGCCGACGACGUGCACGUUGCGCGUGCUCUUUUGGCACUCGAACCUCUUUACGAAGGACCGAGGGUACACCCUCGAAGACGAAGCGGCCGCGUGGGACCACGUUGUCGGCAGUAGCACCGAAGACGUCGAGUUUGAGAAGCUCCGGCGUCUCAUGUUUGCCCGGUGCCCCGACGCCAUUUACAGCCGAGACAAGUACCUCGCACUGGAGCCGUAAGGCUUGGUCCUUAAUGAAGCAUCUAUAUGU